UUCAGUUUUUCUUGCUAAAAAGAGUGUAAUUUUUUUUUUCUUUCUUCUUCCCUCCCAGUCCACGCUCACUGUAACCAGUGCCCUUGUUGUUGUGUUGCUGAACUGAGCUCUGUGCUAUGGAGAACCAAAACGGCAAAGCAGUGGAUCCCAAGAAGAAGGUUAAGGUAUUGACCACGAGCUCUCUCAAAAUAAACGAACAAGAUGCCUCUGACUUGGUUGGUUCCAUCGUUGAAAAGGGUAUCUCUGACUCGCCAAACAACUCCACUCCCUUCAUCUCUUUUCCCAAACCCACCGUCCUUCCUUUCCCUGUUGCUCGCCAUCGUUCCCAUGGUCCUCAUUGGCGUCCGCUGAGUAGUAAAGGGGUUGUUGACGGCGAUGGUGAUGAUAAUAGUGACAAUGAUGCUGAGGAUGAAGGAGAUAAAGCUUUCAUGGAGUUUGAAAGUGUUUCAGCCUUUGCUAAUCCAGUACAAAGGAGGAGGAAAAAGGAUAUGGAUUUUAGAAAGUGGAAAGAGAUUACACAGGAUGAUAAUUCUUCCAUUGGGAAGGAAUCUGAAGAGGAUGUGUCGAGCUUUAGCCGAAAUACAAGGAAAAAGAAGAAUGCAAAUGGCAGUAUGAAUGAAGGCAAGAAAACGUCAACAUUGUCUGAUGAUAAUGUCCUUGCUUCUGCGGAAUUGGGUGCUAAAAUGCAAUUAGAUAACUCAGAUGGGGGGUUUAUCAAUGCAGCCACUUCCAUGGAACUAGAUGUGUCAAAUAAGGUUAAACCUGACUUGGAGAGAAUUCACUCUGAUAGAACGCUUGAUAACAAUGUCGAUUCUCUAGAUGUGCUAGGACCGGAGAAAAAUUACUCGAAUUCAAGUUUGCUUUCUUGUUCUAGUUUUAGAAGUGAACAAGAACCAAUGUCUUUUGAGGGGGAAAUUGAUGCUGAGAAUCGAGCUCGGAUCAAGCAAAUGUCAGCUGAGGAAAUUGUGGAAGCCCGGGCUGAGAUAAUGGAGAAGAUAAGUCCUGCUUUACUGGAAGUACUACAAAAGAGGGGGAAGGAGAAAUUGAAGAAACACAGUAGUUUAAAAUCAGAAAUGGGUACUGGCUCUGAAUCUGUGAAUCGACAUGUUCAAAAUUCUCAGGAUGCAAAGUGUGUGCAUAAAGAGGAUGACAUCUCCCAUACUAAUAUGACACCACCAUCCAGACAAAAGCUAGAUGAUGAGAAAAUUAGCACAGAGACUACAUCCACCACAAGUAAUAGCUUAUGGAAUGCUUGGAGCAAUAGAGUUGAGGCCAUUAGGGAGUUGCGAUUUUCCUUGGCUGGGGAUGUUGUUCAAAGUCAAACUGCACCGCUAUCUGCAUAUGCUAAUGUCACUGAACGCGACUAUCUGCGGACUGAGGGAGAUCCCGGUGCAGCUGGCUAUACAAUCAAAGAAGCAAUCGCACUCACUAGAAGUGUGAUUCCCGGACAAAGGGCCUUUGCAUUGCAUCUUCUUUCAUCUGUGCUUGACAAGGCAUUACACUAUAUAUGCAUUGAUAAAACUGGAGAUAUGACAAAAAGUGAGGAUAAAGUUGACAAAUCAGUUGACUGGAAGGCUGUUUGGGCUUUUGCACUUGGUCCAGAACCUGAGCUCGUGUUGGCACUAAGGAUAUGUCUUGAUGAUAACCACAAUUCUGUAGUUCUGGCAUGUGCCAAGGUUGUUCAAUGUGCAUUGAGUUGUGAUGUGAAUGAGAACUACUUUGACAUCUCAGAGACGAUAGCAACUUGUGACAAGGAUAUUUACACAGCUCCAGUUUUUAGGAGCAGACCAGAUACUGCUGCUGGAUUUCUUCCAGGGGGUUUUUGGAAGUAUAGUGCAAAACCUUCUAAUAUUCUUCCCUUCAACGAGGAUUCUAUGGAUGAUGAGACUGAGGGAAAACAUACAAUUCAAGAUGAUAUAGUGGUUGCUGGACAAGAUUUUACUGCAGGUCUAGUUCGCAUGGGAAUCCUUCCCAGACUUCGUUAUCUUUUGGAGACUGAUCCUUCAGCAGCUUUGGAAGAAUGUGUAAUUUCUAUACUGAUUGCAAUAGUAAGGCAUUCACCUUCAUGUGCUAAUGCAGUUCUGAAGUGCCAAAGGCUUAUUCAGACAAUUGUGCACAGAUUCACUGUUGACAAUAUAGAAAUUCGAUCUUCUAUGAUAAAAUCUGUAAAACUCUUGAAGGUCUUAGCUCGGUCAGACCGGAAAACUUGUCUAGAGUUUGUAAAGAAUGGGUAUUUUCAAGCUAUGACUUGGAAUUUAUAUCAAUAUCCUCCUUCCAUUGACCACUGGCUGAAGUUAGGGAAAGAAAAAUGUAAACUUGGGUCAGCUCUGAUUGUUGAACAAUUGCAAUUUUGGAGGGUCUGCAUUCAAUAUGGAUAUUGCGUGUCUUACUUCUCGGAAAUGUUCCCUGCCCUGUGCUUUUGGUUGAAUCCACCUUCAUUUAAAAAACUUAUCGAAAACAAUGUUCUUUGUGAAUCUACUUCGAUCUCCAGGGAGACAUACCUUGUUCUGGAGUCUUUGGCCGGAAGACUUCCGAAUUUAUUCUCACAGCAGUGUCUAAACAAUCAACUUCCAGAGUCCAGUGGUGGCGCAGAGGUCUGGUCUUGGAGUUAUGUUCGCCCAAUGGUUGACUUGGCUAUUAAGUGGAUUGCGAGCAGAAAUGAUCCAGAAGUAUCUAAAUUGUUUGAGGGACAGGAAGAAGGGAUAUGUGACUUCACGUUAGGAGAUCUUUCUGCAACUCCUUUGUUGUGGGUGUAUGCAGCUGUGACUGACAUGCUCUUCAGAGUGCUUGAAAGGGUGACAUUGGAGGAUGCUAUAAACCUACCGGAAGGUAAUGGGCUUGUGCCUUGGCUCCCGGACUUUGUCCCUAAGAUUGGACUUGACUUCAUCAAAUAUUGGCAUUUGGGCUUCUCAGUUUCUGCCGGGACCAAAUGUGGAAAAUAUUCCAGAGGUGGAUCUUUUAUGGAGGAGCUGAUUUAUUUGAGGCAGAAAGGUGAUAUUGAAAUGUCUUUAGCUUCCACCUGCUGUCUAAAUGGAAUGAUCAAGGUUAUUACUAGCAUGGAUAAUCUGAUACAGUCUUGCAAGACUGACAUUGGUAGUCUCCCAUACGAAGAACAAAGACUCUCGGGAGAAGAGAAAGUGCUUAAGGAAGGCAUAGUUAGUCGGUGUUUGGUUGACUUAAGGUCUAUGCUUAACUUUUUCAUGUUUUCAGUUUCUUCAGGGUGGCACUGCAUGCAGUCCAUUGAGAUUUUUGGCAGAGGAGGACCGGCUCCAGGAGUGGGAGUUGGCUGGGGUGCCCCUGGUGGAGGAUUUUGGUCAAAAACAGUUUUGUUGAUGCAAACAGAUGCAAGAUUUCUCAUCUAUUUGCUUGAAACUUUUAAAAAUGCAUCGAAAGAUGUUCCUGAAACUGAAGAAACAACUUCCACCAUGCAAAGGGUUAAAACUGCCUUGGAAUUGUAUUUAACUGCAGGGCCUAGGGAUAAGGUUGCUUUAGAAAAGACGUUGGAUCUAUUGUUCGAUGUCUCUGUUUUGAAGUACCUUGAUCUCUGUAUACAGAAUUUUCUCCUCAAUAGGAGGGGUAAAACCUUUGGUUGGCAACAUGAAGAAGAGGAUUACAUGCACUUCAGUAGAACUUUAUCGUCUCAUUUCAGGAGCAGAUGGUUGUCUGUUAAGGUGAAGUCUAAAACUGUGGAUGUUAGUAGUUCCUCGGGCACUAAGACCAAUCCAAAAUUUGAUGCUUGUUUGGACACCAUAUAUGAGGACUCAGAUAUGCCUUCCACAAGAAGUCCAUGCUCCAAUUCUUUAAUGGUAGAAUGGGCUAAACAGAAACUACCACUUCCAUUGCACUUCUACCUUAGCCCAAUCUCAACAAUUUUCCAUAGCAAGCGGGCUGGUCCCCUAAAAGCCAAUAGUGUACAUAGAGUGGACCCAGACAUGCAUGAUCUCGCUAAUUUGCGUGAAGUUUCCAAAUGUGGACUUUUCUUUGUUUUAGGUAUUGAAGCAAUGACUAUUCAAGACACUGAAAUUCCUUCUCCUAUUCAGCAUGUAUCAUUGACAUGGAAGUUACAUUCAUUAUCUGUCAAUUUCCUUGUUGGAAUGGAAAUACUUGAACAAGAUCAGGACAGGGAAACUUUUGAGGCUUUGCAGGAUCUUUAUGGUGAGCUUCUUGAUAAGGCAAGGUUAAACCAGAGUAAAUCUGAUGAUAAAAAGGAUAUCGAGUUCCUGAAAUUUCAAUCUGAGAUUCAUGAAGGUUACUCAAUAGUUAUUGAUGACCUUGUAGAGCAAUUUUCUGCUAUAUCUUAUGGUGAUAUGAUUUUUGGCCGGCAAAUUUCACUUUACCUACACCGCUGUGUUGAAGCUUCCACUCGACUUCUUGCCUGGAAUACACUGUCUAAUGCCCACGUUCUUGAGCUUUUACCACCUCUAGAGAAAUGCUUUUCUGCGGCCGAAGGAUACCUUGAACCUACUGAGGAUAAUGAAAGGAUUUUGGAGGCUUAUGCCAAGUCCUGGGUUUCUGAUUCCCUUGACAGGGCUGUCAUUCGAGGAACAGUUUCAUAUACGCUGGUUGUCCAUCACCUGUCUUCCUUUAUAUUUAAUGCUUGUCCAGUGGAUAAGUUAUUGCUGCGGAACAGGCUUGCUAGAUCUUUAUUGCGGGAUUAUGCUGGGAAACAACGACAUGAGGGAAUGUUAUUGAACCUCAUCCACCAUAACAAGUCACCUAAAUCCGACACGGAUGAGCAGCUUGAAAACACUUGGUUAGAGGCCAGGCUAAAAGUAUUGACUGAGGCUUGUGAGGGAAAUUCCUCUCUUCUGACCCAAGUUAAUAAGUUAAAGGCUGCUGCAGAGAAGAGUUCAUUGUGACGUGACCCAUUUAUAAAAAUAGGUAAAUAUUAGAGAAUGGUGUCUACUAGUUUUGUUUUGUCCAUCAAGAUUCUCUGAAGGAACUCCAAAGGCAUACAAUGUACAUAUUGAAAGGAUUGGAUUUUGAUUAAAGGGUAGAAAAGAUCCAUGGCUGCUCCUUAAGAAUAUGGAAUUCUGGCUGAGGUGUUUGAGGACAAGGUAUAUCAAGUUAUUAUGGUCUUUGUUGGGACUUUGAAGUCACGAAUGAAUUUCUUUUGCUUUGCCAUGAAGUUUAUUACUAA